AUGUGUAAUUGGUGUUGUAAGAAAAAGAAUGAAUGUCUUUGUUCUGAAUAUAAUAAAGAGAAGCCUCCAUCUGCAUUACUGUGGAAGAAAGUGAUGAUGAAUAUAAUGAAUAGAAAAAUAAAUGGGAAUGCAGAAGCACUUAUCAUAAAAAUUAUAAAUGGUGUGAAUUAUGUUAUGAAGCUAAACAUUAUAGUAAAAUUAUAUUUUUCUAAAUAUCAUGAUGAAAAAGAUUUCUUAUGUUUGAAAUCUCUUCCUGAUGAUGAUCCUAGACGUUUUUUAUUUUGGAAUUCCAAUUG